CCGAAAAUGGCAAUCCUGGUGCUUUUUUGUACUUUUCUGAUCCUCCGGAAAGGGCUGGCUGAAGUGGUGACCCCGACCACCGAUCCACCCACUCGGAUCAAUGGUGGCCAGCAAGUGAACGAGUCGGUGCCCUUCCAAGUGUCCCUGCAAAUGCAGCGCCGUGGUCGCUGGCAGCACUUCUGCGGUGGCUCCAUUGUGAGUGGCCAGCAUGUCCUUACGGCUGCCCACUGUGUGGAGAAGAUGAAGGUGGAGGACGUCAGCGUGGUGGUCGGAACGCUCAACUGGAAGGCAGGAGGACUGCGCCACCGGGCGGUGACCAAGCACGUUCAUCCCCAGUACUCGAUGAGUCCGCGGAUCAUCAACGACAUCGCCCUUGUCAAGGUCACUCCCCCGUUCCGUCUGGAGCGAUCCAAUAUCAGCCCCAUCCUCAUGGGCGGAUCCGAUCGCAUUGGUGAAAAGGUGGCCGUCCGCCUCACCGGCUGGGGAUCCACAUCUCCGUCCACCACAUCGGCCACUCUACCGGAUCACCUGCAGGCGCUUAACUACCGCACCAUCUCGAACGAGGAGUGCAACCAAAAGGGAUUCCGGGUGACGCGCAAUGAGAUCUGCGCCCUGGCUGUCCAGGGUCAGGGGGCAUGUGUGGGCGACUCUGGUGGACCCCUGAUUAAGCCCGGUCCCCAGCCGCACCUGGUGGGCAUUGUGUCGUACGGCUCGUCCACCUGUGCCCAGGGCAGGCCCGAUGUCUACACACGAGUGUCCAGCUUCUUGGCCUACAUCAGCCAGGUGAUCAACCAGGAUCUGGCCCAAUAA